AUUAUAAACAACAACUUCGUCAUCAAUUACUUACAUCUCAUCAAAUUGCUCAAGAACAUAGUGAAGUACGCAAACUUCAGCAGAAACAUCAAUUCAUUCAGCUAGCGUGGACACUCUCUCCAAUCUUAAACGCCACCACAGUCAAUCGUUUCUCAUUCUUACCAUCUUCUAAUGAAACUAAUCCCUCUACCACCUCAUCAACAACAUCCUCAUCGAAAGAAAAUUCUACUCCUGAUACUUUGGUAUCAUAUGUCUCACACACAACUGCACCAGCACAAUCAAAUAAAACAUUAAAACGGCAAUUAUCUCAUGAAACAAUAACUCCACAACCACUUAUGUCAUUACAACUUGAUGUUAAUGAACCACCACUUCACAAUGCCCCUGCUAAUCCAAUUCCUCUUAUGUCAUUUUAUGCUCCCCUAUGCUCAACUAAACCUCACCCUCAAUCACAACGUCGACCAUCCCUUCAACGUAAACCACGUUUAUACAGCACGGUUUGUAGUCAAGCACCACAAGCAAACACUAAUACAAGUCAACACGUCACCAACCAUCGCCCUGAUACAUCGUCAACAGCCUUCAACACCAUCAACUCACCAACACAACAACAGGAACACGCGACAGUCUUCUCACCAAACCACGAUCAACCAUCUCCUGGAUUAUCAAGUGCUUUUAAUACCGAGAUGAUCGAAUUAUCAUAG